UCCAUUUUUUGCAACUUUCACUUUCUCACGUCAUCAUCAGAUGUUUUGAUAUUUAAAGUUUUCAUAUUACUAAAUAUUUACAAAAUUUACGGUAAUAAAUAAUUUAUUUUCUAUCACUUCUGCCAAGUAAAAUAAGCGUAUUAAUUUUCCAUGAUGGUCAAGAUUUGACCCCAAGAAUCAUGGAAACGUGCACAUUUUGUGGAGGCCAUGAACCCUGUGUCCUCCCGACCCCGACAAGCGGACCUCUUUCGACCUACUCGGCCUCCUGCGUGACCUCUCUGCUCACCGUGUUCCACAUCGACGGCGCGGACCCCGUCGCUGCGCACCUCGCCGCGUCCGCGCUCUCCUGCGCGGACUGCCUUCAACUCACGCGCGACAUCGACUUGGAGUUAAGAUCGCUGCUCAAAUUCCUCAAAAAUCUGGACCUUCUCCGAUCCCGGUUGGCGAGGAGGGUCAAACGCGCCGCGGCCGUCGAUGCGAAGACAAAUUCUGAACUUUCCGCGACUUGCGACCUCAAUGAAAGAAUUCAACAAGAAAUCCCCCUCGUAAACCAAGCCUUUGAAACGUUUUCUAAUUUACUCCGGAUUCGAAAUCGAGGAAAUGAUAAUAACGAUCUUCUCAAAGACACGAUCAAAAACCCGGAGGAAAUUUGUAAACAGGAAAUGCUUGUAAUUUCCGAGAUUAAGGAUGAACCCUUAUCCGACCAGGAAUCCGAGACGAAUUUCGCAAACGAAAUAAUUUUAGAAAUUUGCGAUGGCGACGAUGACGCCAUGGACAUGGAAACAUUCGCCAUCGAUCCUGUCGACCAAGACGACAAUUUUUCUGAAUCGGAUUCUUCCGAUUAUUCCCCCUCCUCUCCCGAUUCGGAAGAUUCCUCCCCAGAAAAAUAUUUUCCCCGAAAAAACCCGCCCACAAAAAUUGACGUCGAUGUCAACCCCGACGCCACAUCAUCAAAUCCGUUACAAUGUUCCGUCUGUUUUAAAACAUUUGCCCAAAUUGCGUCAAAAAAUCGUCACUUUCGCAUCCAUCACGACUCCACUUUUACCCCUUUCCCCUGUCCGGGGGAAGAUUGUGACCGAGUUUUUACACAAUUUUGGCAUUUGAAAGAACACGUGGAGAGAAUCCAUCCGGGCGUUAGUAUUCCGCCCAAGGAGAAAAUUCGGGGCGAUGGAGAAGAAUCGGGGGACAUUGUCCCGAAAAAAGAACGGAUCCCUUGUCCCGUGGAAACUUGCGAAAAAUCCUACUCCCGAAAUCAAAGGGUCGUCGAACACAUGAAAAUUGCACAUCCCGAGGUCCCCUUGCCCGAAAAGUAUGAACGAAAUCGGGGGGAUACCCGCCAAAAUAAUCCGGACGGAGAAUGGAUCCCUUGUCCGGUGGAAAAUUGUGGUAAAUCAUAUUCGCGAAAUCAAACCAUGGUCAAACACAUGGAAAGGGCACAUCCCGAGGUCCCCUUACCCCCGAACUAUACCCCGAGGAGGAAGCCAAUUCGGGAAGAUGCCCGGCAAAUAAAUUCGCAUGGUGAAUCUGUCCCGAAAAAACGGAUCCCUUGUCCCGUGGAAGACUGUGAUAAGUCAUACACCCGAAAUGAAAAGGUGAUCGACCACGUGACCAGGGCACAUCCCGAGGCCCCCGUGCCCCCGAGGAUGAGGAGGGUAAACCCUAGGGUUAAGGAAGAGGUUAAAGAAAAACCGAUUCGGAUUAUUAAGAAGAAGAUUGUGAGGAGGAAACCGUGUCCCGUUUGUGGAAAAGAGAUCAGAUCGACGGGUUUGAGCGAGCAUUUGAGAUCACAUGCGGGCGAGAAAAACCACCUUUGCACGAAAUGCGGAAAACUGUUCCGAACAGUGCGAAGCGCUCGACAACACGACGCCGAGGUGCACAUCAGGGAACGAAAUUACAUUUGCGCCACGUGUGGAGCGUCCUUCAUCCGGAAGCAGGUUCACGAUAACCACGUCGCGACCAUUCACGAGCGGCCAGAAGAUCUCCGAUUUUCCUGCGACACGUGCGGAAAGGCUUAUCGACACGAGAAAAGUUUAAAGGAACACGUGCAAAUGCACACGAGCAAAAAUUUGGAGUGUCCCAUUUGUUCGAAAGUCUUUAACCGGAAGGAAAAUGUGAGGCUCCAUUUGAGAAGGGUGCACGGAGGGGAGAAGCUUAUCAGGAAAAGGGGAAAUAAGACGAGGGGAACAGGAGAAGAUAUUGAGGAACAGGAUGUGGAUGAAAGUGCUUAUCAUCAAGGCGAAGAACCACUACCUUAUCAAAGUACUAGUCACGAUUUGAAAUAAUUUUAUACCGGAAAUUUGUAAUAAUUAGUUACUCAUAAGUAAUUUAUUUUGUUGUGGUUUCACAUAUUUUUGCUCUGACUGCGACGAAAAAUUUGGAUUUUACAUAUAUAUUUUU